AUGGCUCCUCCUAAGAAGAAUGUCAAGAUGGACUUAGGAUCCUUUUUGGCCGAUGACACCCUUGGUGGCGGUUCAUGGGCCGAUGAGGACGUUGAUAUCUCUUCCAUUGCCGUUUCCAUUGGUAACACGAGUACUUCUGGUGGGUCCCAAUCCCAUUAUGGUUCUGGAUCCAGUGGGUUUGGUGGUGGUCAUGCCUCUUCAAACACUGAAGGUGGAUUCCAAGAACAAAGAAGAGAACACGUAGAAUACCCAAUUCCUGAUGCUCCUCCUUAUCGUGCUAGAAUUGGUAACUUACCAUAUGAAGUGACCGAAGCCGGAUUAUCUAGAUUUUUAGAAGAUCGUUUACAAGCUCCCGGAUCUGUUGAAGAUCUUAAGUUGCCUAUGGAUCAAAUGUCUGGUAGACCCAAAGGAUUUGCCUUUGUUACUCUCGCAGCCAGAGAAUUGUUAGAAGAAGCAUUGGAUAUCAGUGGAGUUGAAUUCAAUGGCCGUAAGAUCUAUCUUAGUGUUGCUGCUCCUCAAAAGCAAGAUGUAUUUGACAUGGAUUGGAGAGGUGGUAGAUCCAGUGGUACUGGUGGAUCUUCUAGAAGAGACAGAGCAGAAGAAGUUGAAUUAGAUUGGGGUUCAGCUAGAGGUAGUCAUACCUUACCUCCAAGAGAAAGAUCCAACAGAGGAGGCGAAAGAAUGGAAAGAAGACCUAGAAGAGAUGAACCUGAAUUUGAUUGGGGUUCAGCCAGAAACACUCAAGCUACAUUACCACCUAGAGAAAGAUCAAAUAGAGGUCAAUUUGGAGGUGGUGAACGUGUUGAACGUGAACCCAGAACUCCAAGAGAGGAACCCAAUUUAGAUUGGGGUUCAGCUAGAAAUACCCAAGCUUCGUUACCUCCUAGAGAAAGAUCCAAUAGAGGUCAAUUUGGAGGGGAACGUAAGCCAAAGAAGGAUGAACCAGAAUUCGAUUGGGGUGCUGCUAGAAGCACUCAAGCAUCAUUACCUCCCAGAGAAAGAUCCAACAGAACUCCUAGAACCACCAACUCUACUCCAAAGAAACAGGAUGACAGUCUUGACUGGGGCAAGAGAGGUCAAGCAUUACCACCAAAGCAACAACAACAAAAGACUACCAACAAUGUUAAUAAAACACAACAAGACUCUGAAAAGAAGGAGAAGAAGGAUAAACCAACUCACUCGUUUGGUGUUUUGAGUAUCGAAGGCGACGAAGAUGAAGAAGAAGAACAACAACAACAAGAUCAACAACAACACAUAGAAAAGAAUGCAUCCGAGGGAGAAAAGAAAUUGGAAUCAGCCACUGCCAACUUGAGCAUUGAAGAUUCAAACGAUGGCGAAUGGGAAGUUGUCCGUAAAUAA